AUGGUUGCUCCUGCUUUACUGACCGCGCAGAACUGCGUUGACCAGAUACAUCUCGUUCUUGGUUCAGGACCCCUAGCGGCAUCGCGUUGCGCCAAGUCACUCGAGGUUGGCGCUCGGCCAGUCGUCGUGUUUCCCGAGUCCGAAGACGUUCAUUUCACUCUCGCCGCCGCAAUUGAACAGGGUCGAGUGCGGUGGCUACAGAGGGAGUUUCAAGAGGCAGAUCUCAAGAAAUUAGGCAGAGAAGAAGUAGAUGGAUAUGUUGAUGCUGUGUUUGUCACUCUGCCGGCAAGAGACCCUCGAACGGGGGAAAUAUCCAGUCUCUGCAAACGGCUGAGAAUACCUGUCAACGUGGUAGACGCUCCGCACCUAUGCACGUUCACACUCCUGUCAACGUACUCCGAUGGUCCACUUCAGAUUGGGAUUACUACGUCAGGCAAUGGCUGCAAGUUGUCAUCCCGCAUCCGGCGUGAGAUUGCAGCGGCUUUGCCGCCGAAAUUUGGUGCUGCUGUGGAAAGGCUGGGUACUGUGCGGAGACAGAUAUGGCACGAGGAUUAUAAGUCUCAGGUGGCUUUCAAUGGAAAUACUCCGGAUGGAGAAGCAGAAGACGAAGAGGCUGCCGCUCAAAAGCAUACCUUUAACUCACUGGUGAAGGAGGAUGACCGCGAUCCGGCUGUUUUGCGGACCCGCCGCAUGCGGUGGCUCUCACAGAUAUGCGAGUACUGGCCCCUCGGUCGGCUUGCAGCAAUUACGGACGCCGAUGUAGCGGCAAUAUUGCAAGCGUACCGAACCACAGCUCAAACGCCUGCUCCUGGCUCCGAUACGACAUCAGCAGUGCUUCCCCCACCACCUCCUCGUAGAGGCACGAUAACUCUGGCUGGGUCUGGGCCAGGUCAUCCAUUUCUCCUCACGAUCGCGACCAAAACAGCUAUAGAAACCGCCCAUUUCAUCUUAGCUGACAAGCUUGUCCCCGCCGAGGUUUUGGAGCUCAUUCCGCGGCGGACUCCUGUUCACAUCGCUCGCAAGUUCCCUGGAAACGCAGACGCCGCACAGGACGAGAUGCAUGAAUUGGCCUUGGAGGCAAUGCAACAAGGCAAAAAUGUUCUACGCCUGAAGCAGGGUGAUCCAUACCUUUACGGCCGAGGCGCCGAAGAAGUGACUUUCUUCCGAGAGCGAGGGUACGAUGUCAGGGUAAUACCUGGCAUUACAAGUGCUCUCUCAGCCGCGACAUUUGCUGACAUUCCAGUUACCCAUCGAGCUGUCGCUGAUCAGGUCGUUAUUUGUACUGGAACUGGACGGAAAGGAGCUGCGCCUGAGCCGCCGUCUUAUCGAAAGAGCAAGACGGUUGUGUUUCUCAUGGCGCUACAUAGGCUGGACAGUCUAGUCAAGAGUCUGACCGAAGAGCAAGAUCACGAGGGUCCGGGACGUGCUUUGUGGCCGUCCAGCACAUCCUGCGCGGUCAUCGAGAGAGCCAGUUGUCCAGACCAAAGAGUGAUUCGGUCUACCCUGGAACAUGUCUGUCAAGCGGUGGAAGCGGAAGGCUCAAGGCCACCAGGCCUCCUGGUUGUCGGCCAUUCCUGCGAAGUACUGCACAAACCUAGCGACGGGAAGAGCUGGUCGGUGGAAGAAGGGUUCAGAGGGUUGGAUGCUGUCGGAUCAACUCCAUCGGAGUUCGAUGUCCUGAAAGAAUUGGAAGCAUCGCCCACGAAAGACGUCAACGGGCAGCCUGAGGUGACAGGGGGUUCGCACCCUCCCUUGUUGCAUCCUGUGAUAGCACAUCCUGGUAUAACAGCUUAA